AUGUUCAAUCGUUUAAACAAAUUCCAAGCUGCUUUAGCUUUGGCCCUUUACUCUCAAAGUGCAUUGGGUCAGUACUAUAGCAAUAGCACCUCAAUUUCAAGCAACAGCUCAUCCACCUCUGUGGUAUCAAGUUCCUCUGGAUCCGUUUCGAUCAGUAGUUCUAUUGCUGAGACAUCCUCGUCCGCUACCGAUAUCUUAAGUUCUAUCACACAAUCAGCUUCAUCCACUUCUGGUGUCUCGAGCUCUGUCGGUCCAUCCUCUUCCUCUGUUGUCUCAAGCUCUGUCAGCCAAUCCUCUUCAUCCGUUUCUGAUGUAUCAAGCUCUGUCAGUCAAUCUUCUUCUUCAGCUUCUGAUGUCUCAAGCUCUGUCAGUCAAUCAGCUUCCUCUACUUCUGAUGUCUCAAGCUCUGUCAGUCAAUCUUCUUCUUCAGCUUCUGAUGUAUCAAGCUCUGUCAGUCAAUCUUCUUCCUCAGCUUCUGAUGUCUCAAGCUCUGUCAGUCAAUCAGCUUCCUCAGCUUCUGAUGUCUCAAGCUCUGUCAGUCAAUCAGCUUCCUCUACUUCUGAUGUCUCAAGCUCUGUCAGUCAAUCUUCUUCUUCAGCUUCUGAUGUAUCAAGCUCUGUCAGUCAAUCUUCUUCCUCAGCUUCUGAUGUCUCAAGCUCUGUCAGUCAAUCAGCUUCCUCUACUUCUGAUGUCUCAAGCUCUGUCAGUCAAUCAGCUUCCUCUACUUCUGGUGUCUCAAGCUCUGGCAGCCAAUCAGUCUCAUCCGCUUCUGGUAGCUCAAGCUCAUUCCCUCAAUCAACCUCAUCCGCUUCUACUGCCUCCGGUUCUGCCACUUCCAAUUCCUUGAGUUCCAUUACUUCUUCAGCAUCUAGUGCAAGCGCAACUGCUUCCAACUCCCUUUCUUCCAGCGAUGGUACUAUCUAUCUACCAACUACUACAAUCAGUGGUGAUCUAACUCUUACUGGUAAAGUAAUUGCAACAGAAGGUGUUGUGGUCGCAGCUGGUGCCAAAUUGACUCUACUUGACGGUGACAAAUAUUCUUUCUCAGCUGACCUAAAAGUCUACGGUGACUUGCUUGUGAAAAAGUCCAAAGAAACCUAUCCAGGUACCGAAUUCGACAUCUCCGGUGAAAACUUUGACGUGACCGGUAACUUCAACGCUGAAGAAUCCGCUGCCACCUCUGCAUCCAUCUACUCCUUCACUCCAAGUUCUUUUGACAACAGUGGUGACAUUUCCUUAAGUCUAUCAAAGUCCAAGAAGGGUGAAGUCACUUUCUCUCCAUACUCCAAUUCUGGUGCCUUCUCUUUCUCGAACGCUAUUCUCAACGGUGGUUCUGUUUCCGGUCUACAACGUAGAGACGACACUGAAGGUUCAGUAAACAACGGUGAAAUUAACCUAGACAAUGGAAGUACCUAUGUUAUUGUCGAACCAGUUUCUGGAAAAGGUACAGUCAACAUCAUUUCCGGUAACCUAUACUUACACUACCCUGACACAUUUACUGGCCAAACUGUUGUAUUCAAGGGUGAAGGUGUCCUUGCUGUUGACCCAACCGAAACCAAUGCCACUCCUAUUCCUGUUGUUGGCUACACUGGUAAGAACCAAAUUGCCAUUACCGCUGACAUCACUGCUCUUUCUUAUGACGGUACUACCGGUGUUCUAACUGCAACCCAAGGUAACAGACAAUUCUCUUUUGCUAUUGGUACCGGAUUCUCCAGCUCUGACUUCAGCGUCUCUGAAGGAAUCUUUGCAGGUGCUUACGCUUACUACCUAAACUACAAUGGUGUUGUCGCUACUAGUGCCGCUUCUUCAUCCACUGCAUCUGGUGCUUCCGCUUCCGUUACCGGUUCUACUUCAUUCGGUGCUUCCGUUACCGGUUCAACUGCUUCCACUUCAUUCGGUGCUUCCGUUACCGGUUCAACUGCUUCCACUUCAUUUGGUGCUUCCGUUACCGGUUCAACAUCUGUUUACACUACAACACUAGACUAUGUAAAUGCCACAAGCACAGUCGUAGUUUCUUGUUCAGAGACAACUGACUCCAAUGGUAACGUCUAUACCAUUACCACAACCGUUCCAUGCUCAUCCACUACCGCCACUAUUACUUCUUGUGAUGAAACUGGAUGUCACGUUAGUACAUCAACCGGUGCUGUUGUAACUGAAACCGUUUCUUCCAAAUCAUACACAACUGCCACUGUAACUCACUGUGACGAUAAUGGCUGUAACACCAAGACUGUCACUUCUGAAUGUUCCAAAGAAACAUCAGCAACAACUGCUUCUCCAAAAUCAUACACCACUGUCACCGUAACCCACUGUGACGACAAUGGCUGUAACACCAAGACUGUCACCUCUGAAGCUCCUGAAGCUACCACCACAACUACUGUUUCUUCUCAAUCGUACACCACUGCCACCGUCACCCACUGUGAUGACAAUGGAUGUAAGACCAAGACUGUCACUUCUGAAGCUCCUGAAGCCACAACCACUACUGUUUCUCCAAAGACAUACACCACCGCUACUGUUACUCAGUGUGAUGACAAUGGAUGUAGCACCAAGACUGUCACUUCUGAAUGUCCUGAAGAAACUUCAGCAACUACUACUUCUCCAAAAUCAUACACUACUGUUACCGUUACUCACUGUGACGACAACGGCUGUAACACUAAGACUGUCACCUCUGAGGCCCCUGAAGCCACAACCACUACUGUUUCUCCAAAGACAUACACCACCGCUACUGUUACUCAGUGCGAUGACAAUGGAUGUAGCACCAAGACUGUCACUUCUGAAGCUCCUAAAGAAACUUCAGAAACUUCAGAAACCAGUGCUGCCCCUAAGGACAUACACUACUGCCACUGGUUACUCAAUGGUGAUGACAAUGGUUGUAACGUCAAGAUAAUCACCUCUAAAAUACCUGAAGCUACUUCAACCGUCACGCAACUAGUGCUUCUCCAAAGUCAUACACUACUGUCACUUCUGAGGGUUCUAAAGCAACCUCAUUGA